AUGAAGUCUCCUAUGGCUAGUAACAACAAUGAUGACAACAAUGAGAAUAACAAAAACAGUGAUAAUAAUAAUAAUAAUAAUAAUAAUAACUGGUUGGGGUUCACUCUUUCUCCUCACUGCCCUGAUCAAGCUGCUGCUGCUCAAACAUCUCCUUCAAAUGCCAUAACUCUAUUCACACUUCCUUCUCAUUUCAACUACCAAAAUAUGUACUAUGGUGGUGUUGAAGAAGGUGUUAAUGGUGGUGGGCUAUACUCUGCCUUUCCCAUUAUGCCCCUUAAAUCUGAUGGUUCACUUUGCUUAAUGGAUACCAUCACCAGGUCACAAGCACAAGGAAUGGUUACACAAACAACACCAAAACUUGAAAACUUUUUUGGGGGUGUAACAAUGGGGACCUCUGAUUUAGAUACUAGUACAAUGUACUCCCACCAAACCAUUGAAAAUCAUCACAACAAUAUUAGGCCACAAAUCUACCAAAUUCAACCUCAACAUUACCAAGAUUGUUAUGAAAUGUACCAAGAAGAAGCCAAGCAUUCUGCAGAUACUACAGGUGGUCUUUACUUGCCAACUAAUGGAGAAAAUUGGAUUUCAAAUAACUAUCAUUCUACUGGUGAAAGUGGGUGUUUACAGUCACUAAAUCUGUCAAUGAGCCCUGGCUGUUCACAAUCAAGCUCAUGUGUCACUAUAUCACAUCAUCAGCAAAUUGUCCCUGCUGCUGCUACUAAUGUCACUGAAAAUAUUGCUAUGGAAACAAAGAAAAGAGGGUCUGAAAAAGUGAAUCAAAUCAAGAAGGUUGUUCAUAGGAAAUCUAUAGAUACAUUUGGUCAAAGAACAUCUCAGUAUAGGGGUGUCACCAGGCAUAGAUGGACAGGUAGAUAUGAAGCUCAUUUAUGGGACAACACUUGCAAAAAAGAAGGCCAGACCAGGAAGGGAAGACAAGUUUAUCUGGGUGGUUAUGAUAUGGAAGAGAAGGCUGCUAGAAGUUAUGACUUGGCAGCACUUAAGUAUUGGGGACCUUCAACUCAUAUUAACUUUCCGUUGGAAGAUUAUGAAUUAGAACUUGAAGAAAUGAAGAACAUGUCCAGACAAGAAUUUGUUGCUCAUUUGAGAAGGAGAAGCAGUGGCUUUUCUAGAGGUGCUUCUAUUUACAGAGGAGUAACAAGACACCAUCAACAUGGCAGAUGGCAAGCUCGGAUUGGUCGUGUAGCCGGGAACAAAGAUCUCUAUCUAGGCACAUUUAGCACUCAAGAGGAUGCUGCUGAGGCAUAUGAUGUGGCUGCAAUCAAAUUUCGUGGUCUAAAUGCUGUAACGAACUUUGAUAUAUCGAGAUACAAUGUGGAAAAGAUCAUUGAAAGCAAUACCCUUCUAGCCGGGGAAGAAGCAAGGCGAACCAAAGUCACAGACCCCACAAACCAUGACAUACCGAACCAACUUCAAGCCAUUCCGGAUGAAGACACUACUAACGAAUGUGGCUCACAAUUACAAGAUAGCCCCAAAAGGAACAACAAUCUUCCAAUGGUUCUUGGGAAUACAUGGAUCCCACCAUCAAUGGAACUAGCAACCACCCAAUUGAAGUCACAUGUUCCAAUUUUUGCUUCAUGGUCAGAUGCAUAGUAUGAACCACUGUGGUUGGGUACUUUUUUCUUGCAUCAUUUUGGGUUUUAACUUGUGGGUGUUUUCUUUGCUUUUUUGCUUUUUUUUGGAAUGGGAAGGCUAGUUUGGGUAUUUUGUAGGAUAUUGUAGCUGUAGGGAAACUAAAAGUAUUCAAACCCAUGAAAAACCAUUUUGAUUGUAAUGGAAAAGAAAAGCAAAUGCAAGAAAAAGUUGAAAGGAAAAAAUGAUGAAAGUAGGUUGAU